UCAGGUAUUCCGCAAACGGCCACACCACUCGACUAUUAAUUUAUGAAAUUUAAUUUACGAACAAAUUAACAUUAACUUUUACAUUUAUCUUGCGCGUGUGUGAGUGUAUUUUAAUAAGAACUAUUUAUCUAUUGUGCUGUUGUUGACUACGUAUAAGUGCCACAGUGUCUGCGAAUAUCGAAGCUCCUACAAGUUGCGAGAGCCAAUUGAAAAACAAACUUUGAGGCCGAGAGAAUGUUUUGAUACAGUGUUUAUUCGUGUGCAAUGAUUCAGCAAGGCGUCGCUCCCUGAAAUCGUCGAUAGGAAUUUAGCGUUGAAACACUACCUCAAGGUAUCACCAUGAUCGGGCCCAGUUCGCAGAUCAGCAAGAUACUGCUUACGCUGCUGUUUUUGCUGAUCAUAUUCUACGUCUUCAUGGACGUGGAGCUCUACCUGCGGAUCCACAACUAUGCCAUCGAACGAAACUACCACACCAAUGUCUCCACCAACAUAGCCGCUGUGCACUCCGUGCAGUCCACCUCGGAAUCGGGCAGCGGCAGCAGCACCAGCAGCACGAAACUCCCCACCGCAGAGAAGCAGCCGUCCUACGAGGAUCACACCUGGAUUUCCUGUGAUAUAAACCCACUGUGUCAUGUCACGGUAAAGGCCAUCCUGCUUGAUCACACAAACCACUACCUCUUCGCCCCGUUGGCCACCAUAUUCGACAACGUCAUCGGCUUCUCGCGCUCCACUUUUAUCACGCCCAACAUGAUUUCGUUUUUCCACGUGGGCGUGGCCUGUCUGGCGGGCAAACUUGUUGCCUCCGAUAGUCUGGGCUACAGGCGACUGGGCGUGCUGCUCUUCCAGAUACGCACCUUCCUGGACGACCUGGAUGGGCAUGUGGCGCGCGUGCGCAAACACAUCCGCGGCGAACGCUCGGAAAUAGGAACGUCCGGCUACUAUGUAGAUGGACUGUGCGACGGACUAGGUUGCAUUGCCCUGCUGCUGGGCAUUUUCUUUUACCUAAAGAACAAUCCACCGCGCCGAGGCUACUCCAUCAUCCCAAUGAGCGACUCCAAAACGGUGCCGGAGCCAACUAUGAUACCCAAGAUGAAGGCCACCACGCGCAAAGUGGCCAAGAAUGUGAUCAGCUUCACGGGGCAGCUCCUGCUCAGUUCGACGGCGUGGAAUCGCUAUAUUGCCGUCUACCAAAACAUGCUGGAGCGCGAGGAUGUGAGCAGCAGUCAAUCGAACUGCCAGGACUACGUCUUUAAGUCCACCUGGUUCUUCUGUGUGGCCUGGACGUGGCGGAUCGUCAAUGUUCACGCUCUGCUCCAUUGCGUCCUGCUGAGCAUCUUCUGCGACAAACUGUGGGACUUCCUGCGCGCGAUACGGUAUAGCGGUUAUAUAAUCUUGUUAGUUGCUAUAUGUUUAACUGAAAUGCACAUUUUGGAGGCCCAAAACUACAUUUUCAACUCAACAGCGUGCAGUAAUAGUUCACUGUGAUUUUAUUAAUAUUACGAGAAAAAUACAAUAAUAUUUGUGUAGUGCAAAUCAACGAUGCCUUUUUUAUUGUGUAUAAUAAUGUAUCAUAAUUGUUAGACUGCUCACAUUCAAGUCGGCACCGCCAAUCACUAAUAAUAUUUCGAAACCAACUAAUGCAUUUUGUCAUUCAAAAGCGGUCUACUUAGAGCAAGUCAAACUCCUUCAGCUGUAAAUAAUAAAUGUUAUUGAUUAAUAAACAA